UCCAGCUCUGGACAGAUGUUGGGCCAGGCUGCCGGCGCGCAGAUCGACCGCUCUCCCUGCAUCUGGCGGAUGAACAACGCGCCCACGCGGGGCUUCGAACGUGACGUGGGCCAGCAGACCACGCUGAGAGUGGUCUCGCACACCAGCGUCCCACUGCUGCUGCAGAAGCCCCAGUACUUCUUCGGGCAGAGCAACGACACCGUCUACGUGGUGUGGGGGCCGCUGCGAAACAUGAGGAAGGAUGGGAAGGGCAUCGUGUACAACAUGCUCCGACAGGCGGCUGAGAACUACCCUCACGCGCGCAUUUACGUCACCACGGAGGACCGGAUGAACUACUGCGACAUGGUCUUCAAGAAGGAGACGGGUAAAGACAGGACGGAGGGUUACAGAAAGGUUCCCUAUCACUACUACGAGGCCGGCAGCCGGGAUGAGUGUGCGGAAUAUCUGCUCCAUGAGGGCGCCCCCUACGGCGGGCACCGCUUCAUCACAGAGAAGUCUGUGUUCGCCAAAUGGGCCAAAACUCACGCCAUCAAGUUCUUCAACCCACCUUGGCAGCUGUCGUGA